GAUAUAAUUGCAGUAACUUCUACACUAUAAAACAGACUCCGAUCGUAUCUCUAACAUAGUGUUACCUUCAACUCAAGAGUGAAUAGUUUAGGCAACUUUUCAAUAAAGGCCUUUAUCCUAGACUACAAAAAACCAAAAAUCUUCAAAAAUGGUGUCAGACUUCAGGAAGAAGAAGCUUCUUCACGUAUUUAACUCAUUCUUCGACAGAAAUGCGAGCGGUUCAAUAGACAAAAGCGAUUUUGAUUUGGCAAUUGAAAAUAUUACUAAAAUGCGAGGCUGGUCUGCUGGUGAUGCUAAAUAUAAGGAGCUCCAGUCUGCUUUGCUGAAGAUCUGGGAAGGGUUGCAGAGUCGCGCAGAUGUAGACAAAGAUGGACAGAUCAGUGAGGACGAAUGGAUUGCAAUGUGGGAGGAGUAUGCUAAGAACCCAGCUUCGCCUUUCGAAUGGCAGAGCCUUUACUGCAAGUUCAUCUUUCAACUUGAAGAUGCAAGUGGCGACGGGGCUAUUGAUGGUGAGGAGUUCUCAUCUGUCUACGCAUCCUUUGGUCUUAGCAAGGACGAUGCUUUAGCCGCCUUCAGAAACAUGUCAAAAGGCAAGGCCAACGUAUCCUGGAGCGAAUUCCAAGAACUGUGGAAGGAGUACUUCACCACAGAAGAUCCUAAUGCUCCAGGAAACUUCAUAUUUGGAAAGACGAAGUUUUAGUUAUUUAAAUUUUUAUAGGUGUUUUUUUUAAUUUUUAAAAUUUAUUAUGAGUUCGAAUUCGAUUUUAAAAUUUUAAUUGAUAUGACGUGUGAAUUUUUUUGAUAGAGUAUGUUUGAUAUUUGAGAAAUUUAAACGGAAUAAAAUCUGUAAAUAAAUGAAAAUUCUAGAAUUUCUA